CUCAUUUCUGCUCUUCUCACAUUUCAAAUCAAUUAAAGCAGUCUUCACUUCUGUAGACAAGAUUUUGACCUGGGAGUCCUGUGUCAGGUUUAUAUUUAGUGUGAAAAAAAGAAAAGGUCAUCACCAGAGGUGAAAGGCCACCAGAGAAAAGACUCAAGAUGGCGUACAAGCUAGCCGGAGUCUUUCUUCUUCUCCUCUUCGGAAUUUCUGUCACCUUCACUCAAGAUGACCACGAGUGGACCACUUGGUUCAAUGUCGAUCACCCGGGAGGGAAGGGGGAUUAUGAGCAACUGGAUGCGAUUCGUUUCUAUUACAACGCUCGAGUGUGUGAUUCCCCACUGGCGCUGGAAGCCCGCACGACAGACUGGAUCCCAGCUCACAAAACACAAGAGAAAGUGCAUACAGAACCCACCGUUGGCUUCUGGUGCGUCAAUUCAGAACAGCCUGAAGGAAAGAACUGCUCUAAUUAUGCAGUUCGUUUCCUUUGCCCAAGAGAAACAAAGCUGGAAACUGAAGGAGUAUGGGGUCAGUGGUCAGACUGGACCCCUUGUCCUGCCCAAUGUGGCCAGGUCGCAACCCAGAUACGUUCCAGAACCUGCACAACCCAAUCCAGGCAGUGCAGUGGUGUGAAGCUGGAAAGCAGGCACUGCAAAGGACCUACGUGUCCAGGUUGUAGUCUGCAGUGUGUAAUGGGCAGGGUGAACACAGACUGCAAUGCAUGCAUGUGUAAGAACCAUAUAGUGCUUGGGUCAGUUCGUAGAGCUGGAAGUCUUCAAGCUCCUGGAGCAGCCAUUCUCCUUGCAGGGACAAGCCCCAAACUUCUCACACUAUCUGACCACAAUGGACACUUCCGCAUACCUGGGAUUUGCCCAGAUGGAAACACUACACUGCUGAUUAAGCUGCAGGGUCACAUGCCCCAUCAAAUUGUUAUGCCACUUACCUCUGAGCCCACAACUGUUCUUCAUGUGAUGCUGGAGAGAGCAAAAAAUCUAUAUGUGCAAAAGAACCCCGAGUCAAAAGCAAGGAGAAUGGGUCAGACUGCUGCCUUCUGCUGCAAGGUUACUGGUUCACCUGAACCUGAUGAGUAUCAGUGGUUUCACAAUGGAACUUUGCUCGAGAAGAGUGUAUAUCACUAUGGCGAUACACUGGUUCUGAGGAACCUAAGAAUGGAUCAGGCAGGAGAGUACUACUGCAGAGCCAGCAGUGAGAAUGGUGCUAUUAAAUCCAAGCCAGCCACACUCUCAAUCAUAGGUCAAACUGAGCCUUCGUGCAACCCGAAGCCUGAACCCCACAUGAUCCUUCUACCACAUGACUGCUUCCAGAACCAGACAAACUCAUUGUACUAUGAUGUAGGAAGAUGCCCCAUUGAAACAUGCACUGGCCAGCUGGACAACGGUAUUCGGUGCAAAGACUCCACAUCGUUUUGCUGUGGGGUGUCCAAAAUGGAAAAGAGACCGAUAACAUGCCAAGGCUACCAGCUGCCCAUGAUGGUGGUCACAGAGUGUGGCUGCAAAAAAUGUGUAGAAACAAAGACAAUAGUCCGUGGACGUGCUUUUGCAUCGGAUACAGGAGAGCCCUUGAGGUUUGGACAUAUUUACAUGGAUGGCGCAAGGAUUAGCAGAACAGGAUACAAGGGCACUUUCUCCAUACAAGUUCCCACAGAUACUGAAAGGCUUGUUCUUACUUUUGUAGACAGCAUGCAAAAGUUUGUGAACACUACUAAAGUACUUGUGUUCAAUAACAAAGGUGGAGCUGUGUACCACGAGAUCAAACUGCUGAGGAAAAAGCCUCCUGUUAUCUUAAGCUCAACCGACACCAACAAUCUACAGCUUGGAGAAGUACAAGGAGAGGAACCUAUGGUUGAGAUUGAAAUUCCACCAAACUCUUUCUACAAGCAGAAUGGCGAAGUAUUCGUAGGUAAUGUGAAAGCCAGCGUCACCUUCAUGGACCCAAGAGAUGUAUCCACAGCAGAGGCCGCUCAAAGUGAUCUCAACUUUAUAAGCACUGAAGGUGAUACCCUCCCCUUGAGAACCUAUGGUAUGUUCUCAGUUGACUUCAGGAAUGAAAUAGAUGGUGAGUCACUAAAUGCUGGUAAAGUAAAUGUUCGUCUCGAUGCAGCCCAAGUAAAGAUGCCGGAACAUCUAAAUACAAUGAAAUUGUGGUCCCUCAACCCAGACACUGGUCUUUGGGAAGAGGAAGGACAGCUUCUUAUGGAGAAAAAGCAACGACAAAAACGAGAAGAAAGGACUUUUCUCAUAGGAAACAUGGAAAUCCGGGAAAGAAGGUUGUUUAACUUAGACGUGCCUGAAAACAGAAGAUGCUACGUCAAAGUCAGAGCGUUCCGUAGUGAAAGAUUUAUGCCAAGUGAGCAAGUUGAGGGUGUUGUGGUAAGUCUGAUAAAUAUGGAGCCUACAGCUGGUUUUUCCAGCAACCCUCGUGCAUGGGGUAGGUUUGAUAGUGUCAUCACUGGUACCAAUGGUGCAUGUCUGCCUGCCUUCUGCGAUGACAAAAAAGCAGAUGCUUAUUCUGCUUAUGUCAUGGCAAACCUUGGAGGAGAAGAACUUGAUGCAGUAGCAUCAGCACCAAAAUUAAAUCCCAACAGCAUUGGUGUCCCUCAACCCAUUUUGAGCAAGCUGAACUACAGAAGAACAGAUCACGAUGAUCCUAGAAUCAAGAAGACGGCAUUUAGUAUCAACGUAGCGAAACCUAGCCCAAACACAGCCGAAGAAGCAAAUGGUCCAAUUUAUCCAUUUGAAAAACUAAAGGAGUGUGAAGAAGCUCCAUUUAAUGCACCUCACUUCCGCUUUUCGAGAGUCGAAGGAGAUCGAUAUGACUACAACACGGUUCCUUUCAACGAGGAUGAUCCGAUGAGUUGGACUGAAGACUACCUGAGCUGGUGGCCGAAGCCGACAGAAUACAGAGCUUGUUAUAUUAAAGUAAAAAUCAACAGCCUGCAUGAAACCAAUGUCCGUUCUCGCAACAUGGGAGGCACCCAUCCAAGAACAGUGGGCCAACUAUAUGGACUUCGCGACACCCGUAGUAUCCGAGACCGGGAUCAGACCAGUGUCUCAGCAGUCUGUUUGGAGUUCAAAUGCAGUGGCAUGCUCUACGACCAAGACAGAGUAGAUCGAACCCUAGUGAAGGUGAUCCCGCAGGGUAGUUGCAAGCGAGACAGUGUCAACAGCAUGCUUCAAGAAUACCUGGUCAACCAUCUACCACUGGCUGUCAACAAUGACACCAAUGAGUUCACUAUGCUUGCACCACUAGACCCUUUGGGCCAUAAUUAUGGCAUCUACACAGUUACUGAUCAAGAUCCUCGCACAGCGAAGGAAAUAGCACUUGGACGGUGUUUCGAGGGUACAUCGGACGGGGCAUCACGAGUAAUGAAAAGUAAUGAAGGUGUGGCAUUAAUCUUUUCUUGCGGUGACAAAGAGGUCACCAGGCAAAGCGUUUUCCAGCAGCUCCAGAAUGCUCCAGGCCGGGUCACGGCAGGGUCUGCCCGUACAGGGAGAGGCAGUCGAAGGCAGCGAGGAGACUCCUCAGCCGCACUCCGCAACAGCCGGAGAAGAAGUACCCGCAAUCCCAACGGGCGCUCCCUGACUCCACGCCAAAGUUCAUAAUGCGAUUUAGCAAUUUACUUCCAGGAAAAUGCUCAACAUUACCUGAUGUGAGCAACUUUUAAGCUAGGUAGUGAAGGAAACAAUUGUUUUCAAGCAAAUACAUACAUUUUAUAAGGUAUACUAGGAAACUACAUUUAUGGGUUAGAGUACUGGUUACCAGCUCUGGUCCUGGAUCACCUUUUCUUGUGAGUUUAAGGUUUUGUAUGAUGGAACAGCGAAAACACACCCAAGGUCAAACAACCCCAACUAAUAUCCAUACUAUUAAAUUGUUUGAUCAUGAGAUGCAAAACAAAUGAGCAGGCCCAUGGUCAUGUUAGAAAUAACUACUUCCAAUGAUACUGUUGGCCAAGAUAAUUAAUGACUGCCCCCUCCACAUGACACUUUUGGUUAUAUGGGCAGUUAUCAUUUUUAUGUCUAUACUUAAGUCAUUUAAUUAUCUGUACUGUGAUAGUUACUACUUGAAACUGUAAAUAAUGGGAUAUUUAUUUCAUACAUAAUUAUUAGCAGAACUUGAUGUUUAAGGUCUAUGUAUUUGAAUCAUACAAGUUUUCCAAAAAAUUCCUUUGACCGAUCAAUUUUAUUAAAUUAGACCUUUAAAAAAACAAACAAAAAAAAAAAACUGCUGGAAUCAUUCAUUAUUGACCAUUUUUGUGAAGCAUGGUUUUUUUUUUGCAAAUAGUUAGAGGUGUGCAACACCGUCCCCCUCCCCACCCCCCAAAAAAAGAAAAACUUCAAAUAUUGAUUGGGAGCAAACAUUUUUAUCGGAUCUUCCUUGUCCCUGAUACAAGCCUGCAGAAGCUACAAGGAAAAGACUAAGCCCCACACUCCUGCACUAGUCAUUUCAAUCUACCAGCAUUAGAAACAAAGUAAACA